CAAGUUUCUGUCUUGAGAUCGAAGAAAACUCCGCUUCUUCUACUCGUCUUCUUCAGCUCUUGUAUGCACACAAACGAAAAAAAGCCAGACGAGGAAAGUAGACUGAGCAUCGUUUCUCCGCAUCAGUAAUCGAGCUGAAACCCUCCAACGGCGAGCAACGAUGAGUAGCAUCGGUACCGGUUACGAUCUCUCCGUCACUACUUUCUCUCCCGACGGCCGUGUUUUCCAGAUCGAGUACGCCGCCAAGGCCGUCGACAACAGCGGGACUGUUGUUGGAAUCAAGUGCAAAGAUGGGAUUGUUAUGGGUGUGGAGAAGCUCAUAGCUUCCAAGAUGAUGUUGCCCGGUUCCAAUAGAAGGAUCCAUUCGGUUCAUAGGCAUACUGGAAUGGCCGUGGCUGGCUUAGCUGCUGAUGGUAGACAAAUUGUUGCACGAGGAAAGUCCGAGGCAACCAAUUAUGACAACAAAUUCCGUGCAACGAUUUGUACUCCUGUUUGUCCAAAUGUGGACUGUGAUUGUCAUGAAUACUCGUUUGAGAUUAUCUGGUAUCAUCGAAAUGCAUGUUUUGCUUGUUCUUCCAAUGCUGGCUACUUAAACUUCCAAGUGAUACAAGUGCUAAGGAUGUUGCCACUCUGUUCUCAUGUUGCAGUACCUAUGGCGAACCCAUCCCUGUCAAAGAGCUUGCUGAACGUGUUGCUAGCUACGUGCACUUAUGUACCCUCUAUUGGUGGCUUCGUAGGAAAGGGAAAAUGCUCUCAUGUGCAUUUUUUGCGUUGCAGACCCUUUGGCUGUGGUGUCAUUCUUGGUGGUUAUGACAGAGAUGGUCCACAAUUGUACAUGAUUGAACCCUCGGGAAUCUCUUAUAGAUAUUUUGGUGCUGCAAUUGGAAAGGGUAAGCAGGCUGCGAAAACAGAAAUCGAGAAGCUGAAGCUUUCAGAAAUGACAUGCCGCGAAGGAGUUCUUGAAGUAGCCAAAAUCAUUUACAAAGUUCAUGAUGAAGCGAAGGAUAAGGCCUUCGAACUCGAACUGAGCUGGGUUUGUGAUGAGUCAAACAGAUUGCACCAGAAGGUUCCCGUUGAACUACUAGAGGAGGCCAAGUCUGCUGCAAGGACGGCACUCGAAGAAAUGGAUGCUGAUUAGACACCCAUUAACGUCGACUGAAGGAUCAUUGGGAAAUUAAUCGGAGCACCCGAAUCGUCAUCUCUCCAGAAUCAUUCAAUCCCGAUUUCCCUUGUCGAAAAGCAUCUGAACUUCUUUUGUUGCCUCCUGUGGCAGUCAGUCCAUUUAAGCUAUGUGUAUUUUAGUACAUGACCUGCCAACUUUUCACUUGAUCCUUUCUUCCUCAGCAACUUGAAAUUUAGUGAAACACCGUGGCUGCUUCUUUGAAAGGAAUGAAUCCCAUGUAAGAGUGGGAUCUUACUCUCUUGGAUCAUCAUCACUUUGAAAUAGUUUAACAGCUUGCAUUUCGAGAGCCCUUGCAUAGUUGCAUCAACUGUAUCAGUCUCCUACCAGAUGGAACGAUGAACUUCGAG